ACCGACGGUCCGUCCGUAGCCGUCCUCACGAUGCCAACGAUGUGUGUUACUGCACAUGGCCGUGACGAAAGACAGGCCAUCACAUCGCUCCACACAUAUCCGAGCAUUUUCACCGGCACAUACUAUCAUACACCACAUCCACCAUGACUACCUCAUCGGAAGACGUUCUGAUGCAAGUUGGCCAGGUUCGUUACAAGAAAGGCGAUGGCACACUUUACGUAAUGAACGAGAGAAUUGCGUGGAUGAUGGAUAACAGGGACACGGUAUCAGUCAGUCACAAAUACGCAGAUAUAAAAAUACAAAAAAUAUCACCCGAUGGUAAAUCAAAAAUCCAAUUGCAACUGGUGUUGCACGAUGGCACAUCUUCGACAUUUCAUUUCGUCAAUAAAAGUGGACAGGAGGCACAGGUCAAGGACAGAGAUGAUGUCAAGGAGUUGCUGCAGCAAUUGCUGCCGAAAUUCAAGAGAAAAGUCAAUAAAGAAAUCGAGGAGAAGAAAAAAUUAUUAACAGAUAACCCAACUCUCCUGCAACUUUAUCGUGAUUUAGUACCGACUCAAGUGGUGACUGCUGAGGAAUUUUGGAAUCUUCAUGCACCAGAGUACACGACAAAGGCUCGAGAAAGACAGGAGAUUGGAGUCAAUAGUGCCUUCCUCGCUGAAAUAAAACCAGUGACAGACGGUUGCAACGGUUUGAAAUACAACCUAACAGUGGACAUAAUAGACUGCAUAUUCAAGACCUACCCAGCAGUGAAGAAAAAGCACCAGGAGAACGUGUUAACCGAUAAAAUAUCAGAAUCCGAUUUUUGGACAAAGUUCUUUCAAUCCCACUACUUUCACCGGGAUCGAAUAAAUGCAGGGACCAAAGAUCUCUUCACCGAGUGUGCCAAAAUAGACGAUCAGGAAUUGAAGAAGGACAUACAGACUGGUAUAAACGAUCCACUGCUCGACAUAACGUCCUUCGAGGACACAGCGAUGGACGAAAGCUAUGGCAGUGGGACAGGGAAGAUUGACAAGUCCUCCGGUAACAUUGUCCACCAGAGUAUGAUAAAACGAUUCAAUCAGCACAGUAUAAUGGUGAUGAAAGCCAGCACUGCCAAAACGAGUGACAAGAGGAGUGAUUCAGCGACUCCACAGGUCAAUGGUUCAGCUUCAACUGGUAAUUCAUCAGGGAAUAAAGUUAACGAGGACGAACCAAAGACUAAGAAACUUAGGAUACAGGAGAAAUUGGUUUACGAUGAUUUGGACUCGAGUAGAGAUAGCGCUGUCGUAUCGUCAGCUCCACUGAAUUUAACGCAUGUAGAUAGGUAUUUGCAUGGCCCUGUGUCUGGCACUGGGGCCAAUGAGGCCACCACCGAGGAAUUGCAGGCGACACUGGGUCAACUCAAACGAGAGGCUCAUUAUUGGGUUAAUGGUAAUAGUUUACCUAGGCAGACUAGUCUUGUUAGCCCUGCUGCUGCUGUCUCUGCUCUGGGGGAACUCACACCUGGUGGGGCACUCAUGAAGGGGUUUAGGGAGGAUAAUGUUGGACAAUUAAUACCUCUAGAACUUGAGAAAGAACUUCGUAGUGUCUACGUCUGCACGUGUGAGCUGUUGAGACACUUCUGGAGGAGUUUUCCACCGACAACUCCCCAGCUGGAGGAGAAAGCCGUGAGAAUGCACGAGGCACUCCGCAGGUUUCACACGGCCAGACUGAAGAAAUUCGAGGAUCACCUCCAACGAGACUACUCAGCGAUAAGUCAGCACCUGACUACCCACCUCAAUCAGCUCCUCAACACAGCAUACCGUAAAUUCGCUGUCUGGCAGCAGAGGAAGAUGCAGAUGAGGUAGCCGUGGUGCAGCGACUUCGAGUCACUAAUAACGUAACAAAUAUUGAUGAGAGAGAGAGAGAGAGAGCAACGAUCGUUGAACUUUUGUCGUGUUACCGUAAGUAGGUACCCUGGGGGUGGUACGUUCCCUGUAAGCCAAAGUGGAGUCAAAUCACACCCCUCAAUGGCAUAUCGAUUGUUUAUUUAUUUACAAGAGGAGGGAGUGAAUAAAGAUUAUCGAGUAUU